AUGGCAAAAGAAGCGCGCUCCAGCGUGAUCGUAACCACCAUCGUAUUCGGUCAGAUUUCCGGAAAGCUGGUGUCGUCGCCAGGCCAAGACUUCACGCAGCAGCUCAACCGGCUGACGCUCUUCUUUGUCUACAUCGGCGCGCUCGAGUUUGUCGCCAGCUACGUCAAGGUGGUCGGUUUCAACUACGUCGGCGAGCGUAUCGCCGGCUCACUGAGACAACGCUACCUCGCCUCGGUCCUCCGCAAGAGCGUCUCGCACAUGUCAUCGGCAUCGACGACGGCAGGCGAAAUCCACACGCGCAUCGGCACCGACGCCGACCAGGUGCAGGACGCGCUGUCGUCGGAGAAGCUGGGCCGGGCCAUCUUCGCGCCGUGCUCGCUCGGCGCCGGCCUCGCCAUCGGCUUCGCUCGGUGGUGGCGGCUGGCGCUGAUCCUGAGCCCGACGCUCGCGGCCUGCGUCGUCAGCGGAGGCGUCUGCGCGGUGGGCGUGCGUCGUUUCGCACGAAGGGCGGCGGGGCCGCGGCAGGCGGGCGCCGAUGUCGCGCUCGAGGCGCUGGCGGGGGUCGCGGACGUGGCGGCGCUGGGGUGCCAGCGGGUGUUUGAGGAGAAGUACGAGGAGAUGGCGGCGCAGGCACAGAGGCCUGGGGUGCUGGCCAAGGCGUGCGUGGCUGUCAUGGUGGCGGCGCUCACGGCUGUAAAUAGCUUGAUGUACGCGCUGGGAUUCUGGCAGGGAGCACGGCUGGUGGCGAGGGAGGGGAGUGGUGGCGGGGUGGCAGAGGUGUUGACGGUGCUGCUGUCUGUGCUGUACGGGGCCACGUCCCUGAGCCUCGUGGGCCCGUCGGUGCAGGCGCUGGGCGCAGGCCUGGCGGCUGCCCGCAGGAUCCUCGACGCGAUCGACGACGACGACGACGACGACGACGAGAAUGCUCAGAACGGCGAAGGCGAUUCCGAUUCCGACUCUGACUCUUCCUCGGAGAAGGCCACGCCCUUUGGUGGCGGGGAGAUCACGCUGUGCAACGUCUCGUUUGAGUACGCGUCGAGGCCGGGUGUGGCGGUGCUACGCGAUGUCAGCGUCACCAUGGCGGCAGGCAAGACGACGGCACUGGUUGGGGCAUCCGGGUCGGGGAAAAGUUCGAUUCUGAGCCUCAUCGAGCGCUUCUACGAGCCGACGGCGGGCAGGCUGCUGGUGGAUGGCAGAGGGCUGUCCGAGGUGGGCCGGCGGUGGUUGCGCAGGCACAUGAGGCUGGUCAGCCAGGAUCCCGUGCUGUUCGACGCCACCGUCUUCGACAACAUCGCCAACGGGCUGAUCGGCACCCCCGCCGAGACGGCCGAGGCGGCGGUCAAGUGGGAGUUGGUGAUGCGGGCGGCCAAGACGGCCAAUGCCCACGGCUUCAUCGAGGCGCUGCCCGAGGGCUACGCGACGGAAAUUGGCGCGCGCGGCAUGCGGCUGUCGGGCGGACAGCGGCAGCGGAUUGCGAUUGCGCGUGCUGUCGUGUCGGAUCCCAGAGUGCUCCUCCUCGACGAAGCCACCUCGGCCCUCGACGCCGUGGCGGCGCGGGCGGUGCACACGGCUCUGGGCGCGGCCAUGCGCGGCAGGACCUGCGUCGUCGUCGCCCACCGUCUCUCAGCGGUGCGUGAGGCCGACUGGAUUGUCGUCAUGGACAAGGGCAGGAUCGCAGAGCAAGGCGGACACGCAGAGCUCGUUGGACGGCGGGGGCUGUUCUACCGGCUGUUGCAGACGCAGAAGCUCGACACGCCGCCGCCUGCAGCCAGCGAGAAGCAGGGCGUAGAUGAAGAAGAAGAAGCGGUGCAGACGCAGUCGACGGACGAGCCCUUGGCCUCGCCCGAGCGCGCAGGCACCGAGGCAGCCGGCAGCCAGCUCUCGGCGCGCGAGGCCGUGGGCUUCGUGGUCGGCAGUCUCAUGGACCGGGCGGACCGGUGGCUGCUGCUCUGCGGCGUCGUCUGCAGCGCGCUCGCGGGGUGCGGGGCGACGGCGCAGUCGUUCCUGUUCGCCAAGGCGGUGGCGGCGCUGCGGCAGUCGGACGCGGUGUGGUUCUGGAGCAAGCUGCUGGCCGGGCUGGCGGCGGUGCAGGCAGUGGUGUGGACGGCCCACGGGCUCGCGCUGGCCGUCUGCUCCGAGCGGCUGCUGCGGCGGGCGCGCGGCACCGCGUUCCGUCACCUGCUGCGGCAAGACGCCGUCUUCUUCGACACGCAGCCGGCGGGGGCGCUGGCGGCGCUGCUGUUGGGGCGCACGGCGGAGCUGGCGGGGGUGGCGGGAGCGACGCUGGGCGCGGUGGUGACGGGGCUGGCGACGCUGGGGUCGGGCAUUGGGCUGGCGUGCGCCUGGGGCUGGCAGCUGGGCCUCGUGUGUGCGGCGACGGUGCCGUUGAUUCUGGCCGGCGGGCGGCUGCGCAUGGUCUUCGCCGCCCAAACCCAGGCGGCAGCACGACGCGCCCAGGCAAGCGCGGCGGGCUACGCGUGCGAGGCGACGUCGCCGGCCGGCGGCAUCCAGACCGUUGCCGCGCUCGGCAUGGAGCGCCAUGUGCUGGCCCGGUACCGCGGGCGGCUGGACGACGCGGCACGGCGCCAACUGCGGCUGCUGGCCUCGUCGUCGCUCGCCUUUGCCGCGUCGCAGGCCGCCGUCUACGGCUGCUUCGCGCUGGGCUUCUGGUACGGCGGCACGCUGGUCGCCCGCGCCGAGUACACGCCCGAGCAGUUCUUUGUCUGCUUCGUCGCCGUCGUCUUCGGCGCCCAGUCGGCCGGCACCGUCUUUGGCUGGAGCAGCGACAUCUCCGGCGCCCGCCACGCCGCCGCCGAGCUCAAGGCCGUCGUCGACCGCGUCCCGCAGCUCGACGUGUGGAGCCAGGCCGGGGCGCCCGCCAACGGUCCCCGCACCGCGCUAGCCACCCGCCAGCUGGCCUUCGCCUUCCCGACCAGCAGCGCCACCACCGUGCACGCCGUCGAUAUAGACGCCCGUCGCGGCUCGUCCGUCGCCCUCGUCGGCCCCAGCGGCAGCGGCAAGAGCACUCUCCUCGCCCUGCUCAUGCGCCGCUACGACCCGCAAGCCGGCCAUGUCGCCCUCGACGCCCGCGACGCCCGCGACCUGAAUCUGGCCUCGUACCGCCGCAGCUUCGCCCUCGUGUCGCAGGAGACGCGUCUCUUCGCCGGCUCCAUCCGCGACAACAUCACGCUGGCCAUGGACGACCCGGCCAGCGCCGACGAUGCCGCCAUCGAGCACGCCUGCCGCGACGCUGCCGUUUGGGAUUUCAUCGCCUCGCUGCCCGAUGGGCUCGCCACCGCCGUCGGUAGCAACGGCAUGGCCCUGUCGGGCGGCCAGCGCCAGCGCCUCGCCAUUGCCCGCGCCCUGCUGGCUGACGCCCCGGUUCUGCUGCUCGAUGAGGCAACUUCGGCUCUGGAUACGGCGGCAGAGCGGGCCGUUCAGGCGGCUGUAGCCAAGGGCCGCCAUCGCAUCACCCUCGCCGUCGCCCAGCGCCUGAGCACCGUCCGCCACGCCGACUGCAUCUACGUCUUCAACCAGGGCACUGUCGUCGAGCGCGGUGACCACGAUGCCCUCAUGGCCAAGGGAGGCCUCUACGCCACCAUGGUCGGCUUGCAGGAGUAG